AUCAGCACCCCAUGCCCUGGUUGCUGGGCAUGUUGCAUGUUGUAUGACGUCGGAAGUACACCACACAGAGGAGUGGAGGAGGAACCGAAUAGGGGAAGUUCAUCUUUCUGAACUGUAGCUGAAUUCUCACUUCUGGAGGUGCCAUCUGCCAGGGCCAGGGCUACCCAAUCAGUUCCUGGUUGUACUCUUGAUAGUUAUGCUUUUAGAGCCUCAGUGCCCAUAUCUGAAACAGGUCAGAACCAGCAAGAUACCCAAUGAUAAAGACUGUUGUUGCAUAACCCUGGUGGUCUGAGUUCAAUCCCCAGAGCCCAUGUAAAGUAGGAAGGAGUCAACAAAUUCUACAAAGAUGUCCUCUGGCCUCCACACACAAGAUACAGCAUCCAUGCCAACAUAUACACCAUCCAUAUACACACACAAUGAUUCCUUUGAGAGAAUAAGACAAAAAUCUCAGUGGUUAGGAAUGCUUGCUGUUCUUUCAGAGGACCCAGUUCAUAGCACCCAUGUGAUAUCUCACAAUUGUCUAUAAUACCAGUUCCAGGAGAUUGGAUGCCCUCUUCUAGACUCUUCUGGCACCAGACAUGCACAUGGUAUAUAUGCCAUACACACAUAUCUAUAUGCAAACAUGAAAGAAAAUAAAUAAAUCUUUAAAAAUGGUUUAUGUGUAUAUGUGCUCUUAUUCUUUGAGCCAUCUGUCUCCCCGGCACAUUUUAGGUCUUGAAUGGCAGAUCUGUGUUUCCUGCUACCCAGGACAGGCAGAAGGCUCAUGGCUUCACAAUAGUGUUGAAUGUUGCUAAUGUGAGUGCUGGUGUAAUCGGGUGAUUGAACUCGGUCCUCCACUUGGUUUCCCUCUUUAAGGGCUCUAUGAUUGCGUUUUUUAUGGUUGCUUGAGCAGAGGCCUUGUCGUUCUGUGGCUGGUCCUAAUGAUAAUCAGCAGCAUUAUCAUUGCUGACAAAAAUGGCAACAUGAUGUCAUUCAUCUCUCACAUGCUCACCAGGUGCUCAGCUACCCAGAAUUCCUGAAUUGUUUGCAGGGGCAGGGGUAGGGGGGAAAGGAAGCAACACAUCCUAACUAUUGCCUUCUACGUAGUGACCAGGCAUUACAAAGAUAGUAAAGUUGGACAUUGUAAGGAGAGGAAUGUAAAGACCAAGUCAGUCAAAAGAGAAGACUGUGCCAAGCCAUAUUUCAGGGGUGAUCAUUAUCAGGGGUUGAGGGACUGAGGGGUGGCUUGGUGGAUGACGUGCUUGCUGUGCAAGCAUUGAGGACCUUGCAUUCGGACACCCACAUAAAAGCUAUCGAUACGUACCAGUAACCUUAGUACUGGGGAGUGGAGAAAAGUGGGGCCCAAGAUCCGGAUGGCCUGGCAGCCUAGUCAGAACUGUAAUAUCCAUGUUCAGUGAAAAGACUUUAUCUCAGAAAAUCAGGUAGAGAGCCAUAGAAGACAGUGUAAUGUCAACCCCUGCUCCCUAUCCUAACACACACACACACACACACACACACACACACACACACACACACACACGGAUGUGGAGUCACUUCAAGCCUCUCUGGCCAAAGCAGGAUCCAUUAAGGAAGUCAGCUUAAAGGUUCCUCUAAGGAGCUGAACCCCUAGCUUCCCCUUGUAAAUAAAUGAUUGAGGGCCUGUAAGGACAGCAAAUGCCCUGGGCUUUCUGUGGCUCCGGGUUGUCCCCAGGCAGAGCCAGCAUCUCUGGCUGCUCAUCAGCCUUCCUGCUCCAAAAGCAUUUUCUUGCACUUUUGACCUCCUCCAGUCCAAGGAAGCCAGCUGGGAAUGAUGGAGCACAGAGACCCCAAGUGACUCAUCCAGCUACACAAUUGUUCUCUGGGGGCGGACUGAGAAAUGCCUGAAGGAGACAACAGAGGAGAUUCGGCAGAUGGGCACAGAGUGCCACUACUUCAUCUGUGAUGUGGGCAACCGGGAAGAGGUGUACCAGAUGGCCAAAGCUGUCCGAGAGAAGGUGGGUGACAUCACCAUCCUGGUGAACAAUGCCGCUGUGGUCCAUGGAAAAAGCUUGAUGGACAGUGAUGAUGAUGCCCUCCUCAAGUCCCAGCAUGUCAACACCCUGGGCCAAUUCUGGACCACCAAGGCCUUCUUACCACGCAUGCUCGAACUCCAGAAUGGCCAUAUCGUGUGCCUCAAUUCCGUGCUCGCACUGUCGGCCAUCCCAGGUGCCAUCGACUACUGCACGUCAAAAGCGUCGGCCUUCGCCUUCAUGGAGAGCCUGACCUUGGGGCUGUUGGACUGUCCGGGUGUCAGCGCCACCACCGUUCUGCCCUUUCACACCAGCACCGAGAUGUUCCAGGGCAUGAGAGUGAGGUUUCCCAACCUCUUCCCGCCACUGAAGCCAGAGACAGUAGCCCGGAGGACGGUGGAAGCUGUGCAACAAAACCAGGCCCUUCUCUUGCUCCCGUGGACCAUGAAUAUCCUUAUUAUCUUGAAAAGCAUACUCCCACAAGCUGCACUGGAGGAGAUCCACAGGUUCUCGGGGACUUACACCUGUAUGAACACCUUUAAAGGGAGGACAUAGAGGCAGGAGGAAGACACCUGAGGAGCUAUGGAGCCUGAGGGGGAGCCACAGCAACCGAGCACACACCCAUGUGCCUGUGCAUUGGCAUAUCUGCUGAGUAAGCAGGACUGUUCUUGUCCCCAGGGAAGAUUUUGCAGCUCCCCAGGUCAACUCCAGGACCUUUGUGCAGGACUGAUGAGUGUAACUUUGACCCCCAUGGGGAGGCAAGAAGCCAACAGCCACCCAACAACUUUGUACAUUUCUCAUUUGGUAGGGUUUAUUGUGAAGUUGCUUCUCCAUCCUAACCCGCCUGAGCAAUGUGCAUCUACUAUUUCCAGGAGAGUCUGCCCCCAGACACUCUGCCUUUCCCUCCAAACUCUCUCAUUCCCAGCUCAUGCAAACUGGUUACACAGCAGGAAUUCAAAAUAAAGAGGUGGCUUUUGCAG